ACUCAACCCAACCCAACCAUUCUAUGGCUCUAUGAUCUUCAAGCACCUUCUCAACCCAAUCAUCCCAUGGCUCUAUGAGCUUUUGGGACCCUUCCAGCCCCACCAUCCCAUGGCUCUAUGAGCUUUUGGGACCCUUCCAACCCAACCGUCCCAUGGCUCUAUGAGCUUUUGGGACCCUUUCAGCCCAACCAUCCCAUGAUGCCAUGUCUUUACGAUUCCCCCUACGCUGAUGGCACUCACUCUUUGCAGGCACCACAGGAAGGCGCUGAGGAGCGUGGCCUUCCACAAGCACUACCCACUCUUCGCCUCGGGCUCGGACGACGGGACCGUCAUUGUGUGCCAUGGCAUGGUCUACAACGACCUGCUGCAGAACCCGCUGCUGGUGCCAGUGAAGGUGCUGAAGGGCCACGCGCUGACCCUGGACCUGGGCGUCCUCGAUGUCAUCUUCCACCCCACACAGCCGUGGGUCUUCUCCUCCGGCGCCGACGGCACCGUCCGGCUCUACACGUAGCUGCUGCCCAACACUGGCACCCCAAUAUGACACCGACACCCCCAACACCAGAACCCCAACACAGGCACCCCAACAACACCGGCCAGGAACAGCUCUACCCAUGGACUCCGGAACCUUUCUCAUUUCUCAUUAAACUUAUUUUUGGGUACAGAA